CACUAGACUGUUAAAUGUUUACACAUUGGUUUACAGGAGAUUACUUCCUCAAUCGUAUGAAGUAAUUAAAAAGUAGUUAACAAUGACAUUUAAGAUAUAUUUCAUCACAUCGGUGAUAAUUCUUGUAUUUCCCAUUCCUAAAGUUAUGCAUGCAGCAGAACCUGAAAACCCGUGUCCAAGACAACUGGACCAUAUAAUGGUAGAUAUGUGUUCAGACGAUUCUGUAGUAGAAGAUAGCGUUUAUGGAACAAAAGUCGUUGACAGCGUAUUACUUCGUAUAACGAAACAACAAAACAACUGUAUAUGUCAUGUUAGUCUACAAAAUACUUUCACUAAUUAUACUAUAUAUAUGUCCAAAUACGAUGGACAACCUAAUGCGGCCCCAGAACAACAGAAGUGUGGACUUGCAGUCGAUGUUGAUUAUGUAGAUACAUCGGAUACAACUCGAUCUCUUCAGUCGAUCGAAUGUAACAGUGGGACUAGUAUCAGGUCAAUUGCUUUGGGUGGCAAUGAGCUUAAACUUAAAUCAAGGAUACUAGCAGGUGACUUUACCAGAGGAUACUGUAUGCAGAUAUUUAAAAAUCAAGCAAUAUAUACUUGCAAUAUGAUUGACCAAGUAAAUUACGCAGGUAAAGAUGGUGAUUGGAUAGUAACAAACGGUACACAACACACAUCCUCUGAUGAGUGUAAACAAUAUUGCCGGAAUACUGAAACUUGUGUAGCUGUUCAUUAUGAGCAUAAAAACAAUUAUUGUUUUGUUUACAACCAGACUACAUCAAUAGAAUUAAAAGAUAAUUCAACUUACUCACAGAAGCAUUGUGUCGACACUCAAAAAUUGAAAAUUAGGUGCUUCCCACCAGAAUCGACCACCCAAACAAGCCGGGGAACAACUACAGAAUCAACCACCAAAACAAGCCAGGUUUACCCUCCAGAAUCAACCACCAUAACAAGCCAGGUUUACCCUCCAGAAUCAACCACCAAAACAAGCCAGGGUUACCUUCCCGAAUCGACUACCAAAAUAAGACAAGGAACAACCACAGAGGACAAUCGUUCAACAAAAACGAAAACAGUAACAACACCAAUCAGCGAUAGCUCCGUGACAAGUUCUUAUACUCAGUCAACUAUAGCGGCAGAGAAUGAUACCACCAAAGACGAGAAUUCCGAUCUGUACGUUUAUCUUGGAGCAGGAGCUGGUGGAGUACUCAUGAUACUAUUGCUUGUUUCCAUUAUUAUGUGUAUAAGGAAAAGGUCAAAUGAGGCAUCUCUAAAAGAGUCUAAGAAUUAUUCAACGAAACAAUUUUGCAGUGACAGCAAAGACUCCGAUAAUGACUAUGAUGGAUUGAAAGACAAUAUUUUGUAUGUUUCCUCGGAACAAAAUGAUAUUGUGGAGGACGGAAACACUGAUACUGUUGAUCUUGAACAAAAUCGGAAAGUUCAUCAACGGAUCACCUCUGAUGGAGAUUAUAGUACUGUUGAUGGAAAAUUUAGCACAAUAGGUAGCGACAAUGAUAGUUCGCUAAGCAAAUCAAAGCCAGUUAUUAAACCAAAACCAAAGACAAAUGCAAAUGUAAGUUUCAAAAGAGGAUCAGACGAAGAGACAAUACAUUUAUCUACAAUGGACAAUGAUAACAAUGAGUAUGCCGUUGUGGAUAAAGGAAGAAAUUCAGAUGCUGUUAAACACAUAAAUCCUGUGUAUGGGAAUGAUACAGAAUAUGCGGUCGUAGACAAAGUAAGGAAAAGCAGUAAUAACAAUUAAAAGAAUUUGAGUUGCAUCAAAUAUACAUAUGCAAUUGUUUACAAAGCAAAUAAAAGACAAGUUUAUGGUUAAACAAACAAUUAACGUAUGUCUUGAUAUUUAUAAACAUAUAUGACUGUAUGAAAAAAAAUGUACUUCAGAUGAAUACAGAAACCAUAAUGUAUGAGGUAAACAACUUCAUAUCUAUAUUUGUAAUAUGUAUUUAACUAUAAAAAAUCAUUUCUUGUAACAUUCUCAAAUUCAUCAAUUCAUAAUUUCUGCAUCAUUCUAAAAUUUGUAGAUAAUACUUAGAUGCUUUUUUUCAUACCAAAAAUAAUUCGACGGUAUCAUGGGUUUGAAGUGUUGUUUCUAUGAAAACCAUGGUUUUUAGCAAGAAACUUACAAGUAUACAUUUAAUUGUUAUUGAAUAUUAGAAUUUUGACAAUUCUUGCAAUAAACAGGGUAUGAUUUGUAUUUACACAAACGAAAAAGUAUCAUUUUUAUAUUGAUUCAUUAUUAAAAUCUCUGACUUAGCUUGAUUACAUAUUUAGUGUACAUGUAAUUAGUUUCGACUCUGAAAUGUUCUUUAAACAUAAAAAUUCUGUUUACUUCAAAUAUUUAUACACUUAGAAUGUGUUUGCUUGAUAUAUUUCUUAAGAAAUCUCCAUCGAUCAUGUUGAUUUAAAAGUAAGAUUUAUCAUCAUAAAACGUAUGUCCGUUCUUUAAGAAAUAAAAACCAUGGCUUUGAUAUUGGUUUUAUUUUCAAUUCAGCAUGACAAAAAUCCGUACUUGCAUGCACUCUCCCUACAAUAAAGGACCUCAGGAUUUCAUUUAUAAAUAGAAAAUAUGUAUUACUGUAUGGCAUGUAGUAAAACGAAUACCAACUGAUGUUACUCGCCAAUUACUGAUAACGCAAAACGAAUUCUAAAUAUAACGUGUAUAGAUAAUAAAACGCCUGGUUUAAGGAUUAAAACAAACUUAAAAAAACUAGCAAUGUGUUGUGACGUAAAAUACUACAAAACUGUUCUUAAGAAUGAAAUUAUGAAUUCUUCUACGUUCAAGGCCGUUUGUUUCAUAGAGACUCAAAAGGUAAACAAUAGAUUAAGGCCUUCUCUGAACAUUUGAAGGUCCCUAAUAUGUAUUGGCUACCUAAACUCACAAAAAGGUCAAUAUCGUUCCAUCUCAGCUUCCAGUUUUCUAUUAAUAAUCGUUCUGUGCUUUGAACUAGUUCCCUUACUAAAAUUUCAAUACGUUUUAUUACCUUUUGUAAUAAAGCAUAUGAAAAAAAAAAUGAAAUACAUUAUUUUUGAUGUGUAAAAAAUCUUUAGAUGUUUUAGAAAAAAUACGUGCUUUUGAUUGUCAUUUCAAUUUGGUUUACAGUUAUGACUUUCGACACUUAACUCUACCCCUCUACUCAAUCUUAUCAAACAAAAGUGUUUAUUUAAUCAAAUGAUCCUUUGGGAAAAUCUAAUUGCAAAUUUGCUGCAACUCAUGAAAAGCCUUUCUUCCCUUAUGCAAAAGGUCAUUACGCUAGAUAUACUUACUGUAACUGUGAUGAGAUGAUAAACGCUAUACAUUUUCUCCUUGACAACAUUUAUGUUAUAAGAUUUAUCGACAAGUUGUAGUUUUUUCUAAGUGAUGUAAUGAGAGGGUGAUAUAUAUUCUUUAUCGACGUUUGUGAGUGUUACCGUUUUCAUUCCCCCUUAAAUACAUGUAUGUAUAUAAAAAGUACUUGAAUAGCUUUUUUAUAUUUUGCCAAUUCUUCUAUCAAUCUGUGGAUUACAUUUUGAAUAAAAGCUUCAGAAUUUUUGUCAAUUA